AUGACCGACGUCGAUGUCACUCGGCCAGCGCAAUUGCUCUUUCUGCCCACGAACACAGCGGUUUUCAGGAAAACGAACGACCACGUUCGACGUAUUAUCAAUCGCCAUGUACAGCGGCGGGCGCAACGAAGACGUCGGACUGAUGGCCCGCCACCUCCUUCGCUCAUGAUCGAUGUCUUUCCCAGCCCGGCGGACAUUGAAGAAAUAGUGACAGACGCUGAUCCUGUCACACUCAGAGAAGUGACCGACGAUGAUGUUGAGUUCCUGCAUGCGCCAUCACCAAGCCCAGAAUCAACAGCAUUGGCAGUGGUGGCCCCUGUGUUCCAGCCACAGACCUACCUCGACUCAUCACGUAUGGACCCAUUCUUGACGUCCCAGCUCACCAUCACGCCAGCGGUAGCGCCAAUAUACAACCGCUAUUUCAUCGACAUUAUGUCGGUCUUCGAGCCUCUUCAUCAGGAGCGCGAAGAGUACAACUCGUGGCUUGUACCGUUGACCCUCAAGGAACCUGCCUUGUUGUAUGCGCUGCUUGCAUGUAUGGCGUACGACAUGGAAGAGGUUCCCUCAGCCAAUUUUGGACCAGUUCGACGACGAGACAUGUUGGGCCAACGCGUGCAAUACCAACUCUUGGCGAUUGAAGCUCUUAAUCGGUCGCUUUCUAACCCAGCUUUGGCACUAGAGGCUACGACUCUGCUAGCUGUUCAUUUUUUGUCCUGGCAAGAGAACUCGAUCGAUGGGGACUCCGUGCAUCUGAACGGUGUCAAAAGAUUGUUAGCGCUCAGGGGUGGCUUCAAGGGUAUACAUCGGAAGGAGAUAGAGACAAUCAUGGGAGGUAAUGCAUGGCAUGCAAUACGCACAAGGUCGAGGCCUAUAUUGCCGACCGUGCUCGAUGACCUUCCCAUGUCAGAAGCACGAUUCCAAGAGAUUCUUGAUGGAAGUGAUCCUUGUGUCGCAAAGAAUAGCGCGCAACUGCUGAGUCGUAGCAUGCGCUCGUACUUCGGCGCAGAUUUCUGGGCUCUGCUACAAGAUUCGAGAAAGGUCUGGAUCUGCUACGAGCAGAUAGGAACCUUCCCCUUCGAGCCUCUGGAAAAGCGCUACAUCAGCAUCAAACGAGUCAACAUAGACCACAGAUUUCUGUCAUACGCACUGGACCACCCCGACGACGUUGAACAUUCUCCAAUCCAAGAAGUCGUCCGUCUCGCCUAUAUUCUUUACUCGCGCGCCCACUACGGGAUCGUGCAACCUUCCUCGGUCGUUGCUCGCGCUCUCGUGGCCGACCUCAAAUACGCUCUUGAGCAGUCCGAUCUCCGCAGUUUCUGGAACGACGCAAGUAACGUCCUGUUGUGGGUGCUGUUUCUCGGUGCUCAUAUGAGCGCUGGACAGGUCGAGAGGAGCUGGUUCGUGACAGCGAUGUGUAAGAUUCGGUCGGACAAGAUGAGAGGUGAUAAGAGCUGGUUUGGGGCGAGGAGAGUGUUGCUGGGGUGCUACUACUCUGAUCGAGUGUUUAUGGAGAGCUUAAAGAGGGUGUGGGAGGAGGUAGAGACAUUGGCGGGGUUGCUGGACUUAUACUGA